AUGGCAGAACGGAAACCCAUAGUGCCCCCCGGUGUCGCUCCCAACCCGGCGCUUUCCCCCGGCAUUCAAGUUGGUGACUUUUUGUUUGUCUCCGGCAACGUUGGCCAAGACCAGAACGGCAACUUGGUGGGCGAAGGAGACUGCGAGGCCCAGUCCCGACAAGUCAUGGCCAACAUACGGGCGAUUGUUGAGGCAGCCGGGGCCACCAUGGCCGACGUGGUGAAAAUCACCUGUUUCCUGACCGACGUGGCCGACUAUCCGGCCUACAGCAAAGUGAGGGCCGAGACAUUCCCGUCAAGUCCUCCCGCCAGUUCCACCGUGAUGGUUGUGGCGUUGGUGCGCCCGGAGUUCUUGGUGGAAGUGGAAGCCAUAGUCAAUAUGUCCGGCUAA